CUAUAACGAAGGAGAAUAUUCACUGCAGGCUCCCUUGCCAUAUCUUAGGCGACUUGACCACUAAAUUUCCUAUUAUAUCAAAACAAAAAAAAAUGGAUACGAGCGAGGACGACAUUGAGGAGGAUGAAAACGAGUGGAGGACCAGCUUCGUUGAUUCUGUCCCACUGAGUUCUGCUCCUGUUGCUUCAGUUUCAGGCUCUGGCCUCCCUAAGACUUUAGAACCAACACCUGAACAUAAAGUGAUUCUGCAUUUUGACCUGGACUGCUUCUAUGCUCAGGUAGAAAUGAUCAGAAACCCAGCACUGAGAGAAGUCCCUUUGGGUAUUCAACAAAAAUACAUCAUAGUUACUUGUAACUAUGUGGCAAGGCAGCAAGGUGUCACCAAGCUGAUGUCUGUGACUGCUGCUAAAGAGAAAUGUCCUCAACUGGUGCUGGUAAAAGGGGAAGACCUGACACACUAUAGAGAAAUGUCCUACAAAAUGACUGAGUUGCUGAUGUCCUACUGUCCACUAGUUGAGAGGCUUGGGUUUGAUGAAAACUUCAUGGAUAUCACAUCAAUGGUUGAGAAAAGGCUUGCAGAGAUCCCAGCGACUGAUGAAAUUUCAUUCAAAGGGCAUGUCUACAACCAUACAACUGCAGAUGUUAAAGCCAGAGAUCAUCUAAGGCUGGCUUUAGGUUCACACAUUGCAGCCGAGCUGAGAGAAGUGAUCCACAGCAAACUAGGUCUGACAGGCUGUGCUGGUAUUGCCACAAAUAAACUACUGGCCAAACUGGUAUCAGGCACCUUCAAACCCAAUCAGCAAACUACUCUCCUGCCAGAGAACGUCAGUGACAUAAUGGGCUGCUUGAGCAGCCUCCGCAAAGUACCUGGGGUGGGUCACCAAACUGCUAAAAGACUUCAAGCUCUGGGAUUGACAAGCGUGAAAGACCUGCAGCUCUUCUCAUUGAAUGACUUGGUGAGAGAGUUUGGAGCUCCCAGUGCUCAGAAGUUAAAGAAUCUCUCCCUCGGUGUUGACGACUCACCUGUCACCCCCACUGGAGCCCCUCAGUCUCUCAGUGAUGAAGACUCCUUCAAAAAAAUGUCAACAACCAAAGAAGUUUUGGAAAAGAUCCAUGAACUCCUGAGCAGUCUAAUGGAGAGGAUGCACAAAGAUGGCAGGCAGCCUCAAACCUUCAGGCUCACCAUCCGUAAGUACUCAGCGACGAACAAGUGGUUCAGUCGAGAGAGUCGGCAGUGUCCAAUCCCCAACCACAUUGGUCAGAAGAUCAGCUCUGGCUUCAGUGAUGAAGCUGUGGUCCUGCUGGUCCCCCUAGCCAUGAAGCUCUUCCACAAGAUGGUGGAAAGCAGCGCCUCCUUUCACCUCACCCUUAUAAAUGUUUGCUUCAGUAACCUCCAGGUCAGAGGGGCUGCUGCCAGCAGGAAGGGCUCUAUAACAUCUUUCUUCAUGAACAGCACUUCUUCCAGAAAUCCACAAAUCUCGUCACAAAGCCAGGAUGAUUCCUCUCUAAGUGGAAAGAGUCUCAGCACAGAUCACCAGUUCAUUACUCAACAAACCUCACAGAAGAAUGAGCUCACACAAAGCCCCUGUAGCUCUGGGGCAGCAUUACAUGGCUUUAAAAGAAAACAGCGCUUCCUUGUUGCAGAAGAAGAAGGUCCUCCUCCGCAGAAAGUGUCCUGCCUCACUGCCAGGCCAGACUGCAAUAAAACAAAUAACAAGAUGGCACAGCGAUUGCCCCCAAACGUUGACCCCGAAGUGUUCAGGCUUCUCCCUGUAGACAUCCAGAAGGAGCUGUUGUCUCCUGUCUACACAGACUCUCUGACAGAAAACGAAGCUUCACUUUUAUUUUCAGAAUCCCCAAAUAUUAAGGAUAAAAAAGAAGCUGUGGACCAAUUUAAUUCACCUGAUUUAUUAGCCACUGAUAAUCACCAAAAUCCUGCAGGCCAGAGUUCAUUUCCAGGGGAAGACGUCAUGGAAGAAGGGAGGCUGUCAUCUGACUGCGAGUUCCCGGGAAAUGUGGACCUUAAGGUGUUUUCUGAGCUUCCACCGGAUGUUCAGAGGGAGCUGAUGUCUGAAUGGAAACAACAGAAGCAGGCCACGAAGACUGCUUCAUCAUCGAAUCCCAGAAGGAGCCCAAUGCUAAAAGAUAGAAAAACUGCAGGAAAAAGCAGCCAAAAAAACAAUCUGUUCAAGUAUUUCAAACCAGGCUAGAAAACAUAUUCUUUUACAUUAUUUAUCUCAAAGGAAAUCUUCCUGGUCUUUUUUUAAGUGGUUCUUGUUAUAUAAAAUCAAGGUUUCUUGAUUUAACCUUUUGAUAUAGACAUCUUGCUAAGGCAGUUUGAAGGCAUUUUGUUAAUCCAAACUAAAUACGGAGGACUGUUGGUGUCAUGGAAAUGUUCUUUAUGUGGAUAUUGAUAUUUAAGUGAAUACUAAAACAGGAUUUGAUACAAUAUUUUCACAUAAACAAAUAAAUCCAUAAAGUUGCUUAAUUUAUAACAACUUGUGUAUUUCUUUUCAUGGAUAUACUGAUAGAUCGAUAUUU